AUUUUUGCUCUUAUUGAAAUCUCUUAUUCGAUGUAAUAUAAGGCUGAUUACGAUUAUAUGGCUCAUAGAUGCCGUAAUAUUUCGAAGGUAUAACAACUUACAUGAAAAUAUGAUAUUACCAAUUGCUAUAGUUGUUAUUACUCAAUCGUUUGGCACACAGGGAACCCUGCAUCUAGUUCUUGAGGAUGCCAUGUGUACGGCUUACGAUGAGGAAUAUUUCUUAGAGCCUGAAACUUAUGUAAAUGAUGAGAAUGCAUGGGUCGUAAACAUGACGCUAAUUAAACCACUUUCGAUAGAAACUCAAGGAUAUUUCUCAUUAACAGGAGCAUCAAUGGGUGAAUAUGUGGUGAAUACUGGAAUAGAAGUACAAAUGAGCUUGUGUGAUUUCAUUGAGGAACCUAUUAUAAUGGGUCGUGUUCUUCAAGCAUUUGGAUUGUCUGUAGACGAUUGUCCACCUAAAAUUGGUCCUUAUGGAACUGAAGGUUAUAUAUUUCCAACAGAUACAUUACCAGAUGAAUUCCCACCUAAUAAAUACAUGGUGGAAUUUGGUUUAUCGUACGAGGAGAAGCCAUUAAUAGUAUACCAAGUAUUCUACAACUCCCAAUAGAAGGUGAAUUUAUUUUUUAGACCAACACUAUAAUGACAAUUACUCAUUUUUCUUAAUUCGUUAUUAGCUCCUGACAUCCCGGGAAAAAUAAUUUGUAUCUAAUUCUAUAAAUGGUUACAUAAACUUAGAUAUGAGUUUUGGUUUUAUCUAAUUUUAUAUAUUAUUUUAUAUAAUUAUAUAUUAGGGUGGCCCAAAAAAACCGACGAUUUUUUUUUUUCGAGUCUCUAAUGAAAAUUUGUUAGUUCAAGAUGUUUUAAGAAGCCUCUCCAAAAAUCAGCUCGAUAAAAAAUUUUCAAGAGGUCGCUCACGAAUUUUGAAAAUAUCAAAAAUGAUUGGAAUUCGGAUUUUUUGUUUCUGAAUAUUUUCUCCCUCGUGGCAGCAAUAUUUUAUAUCUGUAAAAUUAUAACUAUGCUGAAAAUUUCAGCCCAAUAUUUGAAUAUACAAAAGGCGCUCAAGAAUUUUGAAUAUUAACUGAUAAUAUGUAACUAAUACUUUGAAUUAGUUUUUGUAUUUUUUUAUAACUCAAUUACUGUCAUUUUACUUAAAUAUAACUUUUGCAUAACCGAAAAUAUACAGGACAGUCUUAAACAAUAAAAUUGGGUGUUUUGAAUACGCAAAAAAACCUAAAAAUUGAAUUAAAAAAUGAAAAAGUAUGUAAAUACCAUAUUGUUUCUAUUUCUCGGGUUGUAUUUUCAUUCAUUAUGAUACAAAUUGAUGGUAAAAAAAUUGAUAAGGUUUAUUAUUAAUAUUCAAGGGUCGCUCGAAAAUAUCCAAGAGACAGUACUCGGAAACAUUCAAAAUUCUUGAGCAACGUUUAAAUAUUUUAAUUUUGAGCUGAAAUUUUCAGGGUAGUCAUGAUUUCAUAAAUAUAAACUAUAGCUGUCACGAGAAAGAAGAAAUUUAGAACAAAAAAAUCCUAAUUUCGAUCAUUUUUAAUAUUUUCAAAAUUCGUGAGCGACCUCUUAAAAAUUUUUUAUCGAGCUGAUUUUUGGAGAGGCGUCUUGGAACAUCUUAAACCAACAAAUUUUCAUUAAAGACUUGAAAAAAAAAAUAGUCGGUUUUUUUGGGCCACCCUACUAUAUAUACUUCAAUAAAGUUAUAUUUACAAUAAUUGUCAUAAAAAAAAAUUUUUUCAAAUCACGCCGACUUAUGAGCUCGAUCUCAAGUCCUACCGAUUGAAAGUUUGUUAACCACGGUGCGGAAUCACAUACUUUGUAAGGGGACAUUAAUUGUAUUUAUUUGAAUAUAAAUAAACUUAAGAGAAUUGAAGACAUCAAUAAAUGAAUGAAUCUGUUUUUUC